GAACAUGUGUUUAGUGUUUGAUCUAGAGAAAUGUAAUUUAAGCUACUGCACAAGAUCGGACAGGUUUAGUUUCCAGACAGCUCGUUGAACCUUCGCCGGAUAGAUAGUGGCAGAGUGUCUGUGUACAAUCCACGAAGUAGUGAAUGGUAAAGUUUUCUACUAUUAGUUUUAGUUUUUGAACUAAUUUAUCAUAGUGCCAAACCGAAAAAAAACUAAACAUGCGGACUGAGGUGAAUCGUUCUCCAGUGUUUACUAUCGAAGGAAAUAAUGUGACAGCAAACAAAUCGGUUGCAGAUCCAGAAUCCAAAAGUUAUACGUUUGAUGAAGUGAUUGAUAUUAUAGGAUUCGGUCGAACCACAUGGCACAUAUUUAUAGCCUCGUCUAUAACUAUGAUGGCAGUGCUGAAUGAAACGAUGGGCAUUUCAAUCGUAAUCCCAGCCGCACAGUGUGAUCUUCAUCUGUCUGCCACAGAUAAAGGCUUAUUGACUGGAGUAAGCUUUGCAGGCAUUAUCGUUUCGUCACACUUCUGGGGUUAUAUUGCAGACACGAAAGGUCGCCGAAGGACGCUCAUCGUGUCACUGAUGUUGACCGCCAUCUGUGCACUGGUUUCCGGUUUAUCCAUCAACUAUACGAUGAUGGUGGUUAUGCGUUUCCUGGUGGGAGUUUUCAUUUCUGCACCAUCGGCUACCAUCUUUGCUUAUCUGGGAGAAUUUUUCAAAACUGCCAACCGCACCGUGGUGAUAACGUAUGCCAGUACAGCAGUAGGACUAUCAGCCGUUUUUACUGCAAGCACUGGUUGGUAUGUGCUCUCGUUCACCUGGUCUCUCGAUAUUCCUGGGACGGGACUCGUUCUAAAGCCUUGGCGUCUUCUAUUUUUUGUAUACACCUUGCCCACGCUGAUAGGAGCAGUUUGGCUUAUGGUACUUCCGGAGAGUCCCAAAUUUUACCUUUCCCGCGGGCGUGAAUCGGAAGCAUUCGCUGUUCUUCUUCGACUGUACCUUGAAAAUCACCCGCACGCAACCGUGGAUGAUUUUCCCGUAAAACAUAUAACGCCUGAAGCUGGACAAAAGGAUCGUAGUGCAACACCGAAUGGGCAUGGAGGUUUCUGCCAUGUGGCUAGCAGCGUUUGGAACCAAACGGUUCCACUUUUUCAACGACCCAAUGUGGUUAAUUUUACCAUAUGCUGUGUGGUGCAGUUUGGGCUGUUUGUAGUUUCUGCAGGAAUGGGGCUGUGGUUUCCAGACAUCAUUAACCGGCUUACUACAUCGAAUGCGUUGGAUGCUACUGUUUGUGAUGCACUGGACGUAUCUAUGACCGCAGACUUCGAGCAAGAGCUGGAACAUGCAGUCAUAAUCGGCGAUGGAGCAUGCAAUGACAACAUAAAUGAACGAGUUUUCAUCUACGCUAUCACCUUGGGCGGGUUGUACACGGUGCUGUAUCUAGCCAUGUCCGUGCUGAUGCGCAUGUUGGGUCGCAAGUGUUUGGUUGCAUUUAACUUAUUCUUAUCCGGAUUCUCCGGGAUCGCGCUACAGUUCGUAGACCAUCCAUACAUCACGAUGGCACUGUUCUGCUCGUUUUUAGUAUUUGCCGGUACAUCGAUUUCUAUUCUCAAUGGAGCCACCGUAUCAUUCUUUCCGACAAAUGUUCGAGCGAUGGCCGUUUGCUUGAGUCUAAUGAUGGGGCGCCUGGGAAGUGUAUUUGGCAGUAAUCUUGUAGGGCUCAUCAUGGAGGAACACUGUACGCUCACAUUUAAUUUGUUUGCCACUGGAUCAAUUAUCUGUGCCGCUCUUACAUUGAUUUUACCCAGUUAGUGUGAUCUGUGGUAUAAUUCUACACACAGUAAGUUCGUAUAAUCUGUUGCUGCAAUAGAAUUAAGGUAGCUCAACAUUACAUUACACCACAAUUCAACGAUCCAAUUUGACUGAUGGGUAAUGUACAACAAUAAAAAGAGGAGAAUAUUUCUUGGAAUAUUGACUGCAGUCUGUGGAAGUAAAGUGUCAUCCUUUCCAAUCAUUUUGGAUGCCACCAUAUGACAUUGAAGUAGUUUCAGCGUACCGCCAAAUUCCAUUGACAUCAUCAAAACGAGUUGGAACAGAUCAAACAACAAGCACAACGUGUGGAAUUGUUUUGAUUUUUUUUUCUAAAUGCAGUAACGUACUUUUCUUUUCUAACUCUCAAACUCUGGAUUAUCUGGGUUCUUACGCUUCUUUUUUUCCUGAAGUAGUAUCGUAUGACCGUGCGUGAUAGGACGGCACAUAACAACCGGAUGGUGUCGCAACUUGAGCAAAUCAUAAGGUUAUUUUUUUUACAUGUCGUAGUCUUGAGCAGGUUGUGUAUAUUUGGUUUUUUCUUUACCAUCGGAAUGUCUACUCACUUGUACGCAAAAGAAGCGUUAGCAAAAGUUGUGCUGCUGAAUGUUGUUUGAAAUGUGCUAUAUUGGUUAAGUUCACACGCCAGAAUUGUACGGACAUGCUGCUAGAGGUACAUUGAAGACAUUGUUUGCUAAUAAAAUUUAAGUAAAUACCUUAAA